AUGACUGCCGCUCAGACUUCCACAGCUGGCACGAGCGGAGGCAAUGAUCAGCCCAGGCGUGGAGCCGCGAACAAUGCGGGCAGAAACGACAAUAAGAAGAGAAAGGAGAUUUUCAAGGGAGAUAUUGAAGAGAUGGGUGGUGCGGUGCUCCAGUUCCCAGACGAAAGGAAUCGAGGAUCCGCCGCCCAAUAUGAACGAUUUUACAUGGCGUUGAAGGACUAUAUUGGCCGGGAGGUUUCAGUGGGUGCUGCCAAGUUAUGGGCCAAGACCUACGUGAAGGAGAUGGACCCUUCUUGGGAACCUCCAGUUCCCAUCGAGCCUACAACCAACAAGAAUGAUGUGAAGGCUUUGCUACUCUAUGAAUCUGAAAAAGCAGCCUACGUCAAACACAUUGGAGCUACUUGGCCCGCUGCCAAGCUGGAGAUCUGGAGCACCAUCAUGGCCCAGUGCUCUCCCAAGCUACGCGCACACCUGCAGCAGUUGCCUUUCUACGACAAGGCCGAAAGCACCCACGAUUGCAUCGCGCUACUUGAAAAUGCGAAUGUUCUAUGUGGAGGAGGCAACCUAUUGGCUUUCCAGCCCCAAGCAAGAGCGGAGGCGCUCCUAGACCUAGUGCAAUACAAGCAGCUCAACGGCACACUAGACGACUACUACAACGAUUUCAAGGCACGGUACGCUACGUUCAGCAGUCUUGGAGGAGAUCUGACAACGAAAGAGGACACCUGGACGACUGCGAACGGCACGAAGGCAUCAACCAACCAAGCAUUGUUGGUGUGUCUGUUCUUGGCCAAUGCCGACAGGAAGCGAUUCGGAGAUUGUGUGACGGAUUUGCGAAACGACGCGUCGUCGAAACUAGUUCGCUAUCCCGAAACACUUGCGGACGCAUACACGAUGCUUGGAGAAUAUGUUCGGAAGCACAAGAAAAAUAGCAAUAACAAUAAUAGCGAUGAAUUGAAUGCCUAUUUGGAAAUAGAUCAUAGUCGUCCGGAGAACGAAAUUUGUUUGACGAGUACGAAAUAUGAGUGGUUGAUCGACUUGGCGUGGAUCCUACUGGAUACGGCGAGCACAGUUACGAUUUUCUGCAAUGCUCUCUACCUACGAGGAAUGCGACAAGCACGACACCCGACGACUAUUCAUACAUCUGGAGGAACGAUCACGGCAACAUUGGAAGGAUACUUGCCUUUCCUUCGCAAAUGGGUUGCAUUUCAUCCAGAUUGCCUCGCAAACAUCAUUUCGUUCCGGGACCUCCUUGAUGCGCACCAUGUGACAUUGAACUCUCGUCAGUCACGUAGCUUCACGGUGCAUUGCCUACGCAAUGGUACUGGUCGAACGCGCAGAAAGGUGCAUUUCCGCCCCUCCGGGACCGGACUAUUCUAUUUCGAUCCAGAAGGCGACUUAAGCGAGACUUUUAAGCGUUUCCCCGAGAGCGUGAAGCGUUUGUCGAGCAUCGAACGCUCGACACACGAAAUACUUAAUGCCACGGUAGAUGAGAAUCUAAAAGCUUUUUCUGCACGUCAACAACUGCGAAUUGCGAAGGCUCGCGAGGUCUAUGCUGAUGUAGGGCGACCAUCCUUUGCGAACUUCCUGCGCAUGCUCAAGUAUCGUCAGAUACCGGACGUGCCAAUAACAGAAGAAGAUGCGAAGAACAUGAUCCGCGCAUAUGGGCCUGACGUCCAUGCACUCCGCGGGAAAACUGUUCGCAGACGACCCAGUGCCGUUCCAUCCGGGAGGCGAAUUUUGCCACCGGACUCCAUACUUAGAGCUAAUAGCCAGGUCAUUAUGUGUGCCGAUAUCUUCUUCGUCGAUAGCAUCCCGUUCUUAUUGGCCGUAUCGCGGAAUCUACGUCACGUGUUCGUUGACGUUCUGCAAUCUCGCGCCAUGGUGAACCAGGUUCUCCCUCUACUUAUGAAGUGUUUCAACAAAUAUGGGCUCCAGGGCUUCACUGUCCGCACUCUGCACGCUGAUCCCGAGUUUGAGCCACUACGUGACGAAUUAGCCAAGCCUGAACACGGUUCUGUGGACGUACAUAUAUGUGCUCCGGGAGCACAUGUUCCCGAAGCCGAACGCAACAUUCGCACCGUCAAGGAGCGUGAUCGCGCCACGGUUGCAAGUCUUCCCUUCCAAUAUUAUCCAAGGGCGCUAAAAAUAGCUAUCGUUAAGGAAUCUGCCAGAUACAUAAACAUUCUCCCUCACGCUGAUGGCGUGUCGGAGGUUUUUAGUCCCUUUGCUCUACUUGAGGGCCAGCACACGAACUACGAGAAGCACUGUAAGCUUCGCGUCGGGACGUACUGCGAAGUCCACGACGAGCCUGAUCCCACGAACACAGAGACCGUCCGCACGACCUCAGGGAUUGCUCUUACCCCUACCCCGAAUUUCGAUGGUACCUGGGAGUUCCUCUCCCUCCAAACCGGUCGCACCGUCGUCCGUCGUGCAUGGACUGUCCUUCCAACAACCACGGACGUUAUCCGUCGUGUCCACGAGCUUAGCAAUUCCGACGCAGAUGCAGAUCCAGAUGCUUUCCUCCAUGAGUGGCGGCCGAACGUUCCCAUCCUCGAUUUGGAUGAUGACCAGGUUGAUGUCGCGUUGCUCCCUCCCCCUGGAGGAGCGGUCCCCCAAAACGACGACCAAGACGAUUCGUCCGCCUCUUCCGACGACGACCAAGCCGAUUCGUCCGAAGACAGCAGAGCUGGUGACGACAGUGAGGAUGAUGAUGACAGUGAGGAUGACAAUGAUUAUAACAGUGAUGACGACGACGACGAUGAUGAUGACGGCAGCGACGCCCUAGAACAACAAAAUAAUAGUGACGAAGGUGCUCAAGAAGAGCACGCAGAAGAACAGCAUGAAAAUGAGACUGCGCUUUUGGUGGCGGAUUUGGAGGACGCAAACGACCUUAACGAGUCAACACAGCUACUGCAGGCCCCAUUGACAUCGUUGCGUAACGAUAACGAUACCGACGAGAACAACACCGAAGCUACCGUCACAGAGCGCAUGCAACGCGCAAUCAACCGCGCAGCCGCCAUAGAGCGCAUGAACAAUCGUUUUAAUCAAACAGGGCGGUACGUAGAAGCUCUCGAGGAGUCUCCCCUAUCCCCUGAAGAAGAAGUAGGAGCGCAAGACUCUGAAAAAGCAGGAGCGGAUGAAGUUGAACCAAGUGAAGAAACAGGAGCGCAAUAUCUAGAAGAUGAACCAAGUGAAGAAACAGGAGCGCAGUAUCCAGAAGAAGAGGUCACAUUCGUUCCUCCAGAAGAGCAACCCCUGUUCCAUGAUGAAACGGAGGGACAAUUAGAAAAUGAUAGCCUUAACAUUAGCGACUCAUCAUCUUUAGUGUAUGAGCGCGAUGACGUUGCGCUAGCACACGUGGCCAAAGAACGGCAGUUACUGUGCUGUGUCCCACGACGAAUCGGACGCUUUGCGCUAGCAAAAUUCCUAGAGAAUGCGUAUCGCGACGACAGGAAGUACUGGUGGCGUUAUGUGCCGGAGAAACUACAAAACACCGCAGACGUGCACCGUUAUAUGCACCUAAUGUUAGGCAACCAAACAUUCAACGUGCUCCUAAAUCAGAUGACAGCAAAAUCGGGAAUCAAGAAGCAUGGUGAGCUGGCAAUUGCUGCACUAGUUAAAGAGCUUUCGCACAAUCUCCAUGAAAAGGACGUCAUUGAGGGGAGAAUGUUUAACGAAUUGACGCAAGAACAGAGAGAAAAGGCCCUACGGGCAAUAGCAUUAAUUAAAGAAAAGCGUGACGGUCGACUAAAGGGUAGAGUAGUUGCGGACGGUCGCCCCCAGCGGGAAUGGACGGAUCCUGACUCCGUGUAUUCGCCGACUGUCUCCUGCGAAGGGAUGAUACUGUCGCUUGGCAUUGAUGCGCAUGAGAAACGUUUUGUGAGCGUUUGUGACAUCGACGGGGCGUACUUACACGCAUUCAUGGACGAGUUCGUACUUAUGGUUUUCGAAGGAGACCUAGCGGACAUGCUUGUGAAGGCAUGUCCAAUGUACGCGAAAUAUCUCCACGUGACCAAAAGCGGCAAGAAACUCCUCUACGUGCGUUUGAAACGCGCGCUGUACGGGUGCAUUAAAUCUGCCAUGUUGUGGUGGCUCAUGUUGUCGGAGUUUCUCAUCAAAGAUGGAUUCGAAUUGAACCCUUACGAUUCUUGUGUGGCGAACAAGACGCUCUCCUGCGGAACCCAAAUCACUAUUUGCUGGUACGUGGACGACUUGAAGAUUUCGUCGAAGAAUGAACAAGCGGUACACGACAUAAUUAAAAAACUAGAAGAUCGUUUCGGAGAAAUGCGUAAAAGCUUCGGAAAGAAACACACAUAUUUAGGAAUGGAAGUGGAGUUCUGCGAUGAUGGUUCCGUGCGACUUAGUGUCCCGGACCACAUCAAAGAAUGCAUCGAAGAUUUCAGCGAAGACUUAGGGCGCUCUGUGGCAAACCCAGCAAGCAAGAAACUAUUUCACGUGGACCCCGCGGCAGAAAGGCUUUCUGAGCCCAAGCGGAAGCUUCUGCACUCCCUGGUGCAGAAACUACUAUGGGUCACGAAGCGAUGCAGACCAGACAUUAUGGUCCCAAUCGCAUUUCUGACAGGACGGGUGCAAAAGGCCUCUGUAGAAGAUUGGGAGAAACUCCGAAGGGUUCUCUCAUAUUUAAACAACACAAUAGACAUGCCUCUAACAAUCAAGAUCGAUGAUUUAACGAUAGUGAAGACAUGGGUCGACGUGGCCUUCGCGGUACACGAAGAUUUCAAGUCUCACACAGGAAACAUGAUAUCCAUGGGCAAAGGCGCUUUGUAUGCACGUUCCAUGAAACAGAAGCUCAAUACAACAAGCACGACGGAGUCGGAAACCGUCGGCGCCAGUGACUGUCUCGGACAAACUAUCUGGACUAUGAACUUCCUGGAACACCAAGGCAUACGUACACGCAGGAGAUAUUACUAUCAAGAUAAUGAAAGCGCGAUGCGUUUAGAAAAGAAUGGUAGACAGUCUGCGAGCAAAAGAUCGCGACACAUAGACAUCAGAUUUUUCUUUAUUAAGGAUCGCAUUAAGCGAGGUGACAUUCACCUGCUCUAUUGUCCCACGGAGGACAUGCUGGCAGAUUUCUUCUCCAAGCCACAACAAGGCAGCUUGUACACACGCUUCCGCGACAUGGUAAUGGGCAUCACGCCAGUACCACCCGUGGAAGAUCCUUCCUUGACUUGCCCGACAUCUCAGGAGCGAGUUGGAAGUAGUAUUUUUGGAGCUGGCGGACAACGUACGGACGGCGAGAAUAUGACCAAAAUGACCAGACCAACGGUGACAUGGGCAGACCGCGUUCGCGGUUUCGCAGGUGGGAUUGCCAGACCAGAGUCGCUUGGUCCCGCACAUAAGAAAAAACUAGUAAAUAGGUAA